GCCUUCGGUGGCUGCGUGAACCACUCACUGACCCUGGCCAUCCACGACAUCUCCCACAACGCCGCCUUUGGCACGGGCCGCACCGCCCACAACCGCUGGUUCGCCAUCUUCGCCAACCUGCCCAUGGGCGUGCCCUACUCCGCCUCCUUCAAGAAGUACCAUGUGGACCACCACCGCUACCUGGGCGGUGACGGGCUGGACGUGGAUGUGCCCUCACGCUUCGAGGGCUGGCUGUUCUGCACGCCGGCCCGCAAGCUGCUCUGGCUGGCGCUGCAACCGUUCUUCUACUCGCUGCGGCCGCUCUGCGUGCACCCCAAGGCUAUCACCCGCAUGGAGGUGCUCAACGCCCUUGUGCAGCUGGCCGUCGACGCCACCAUUUUCGGCCUCUGGGGGCUCAAGCCCAUAGCCUACCUGCUGGCCAGCUCCCUGCUGGGCCUGGGUCUGCAUCCCAUCUCGGGCCACUUUGUGGCCGAGCACUACAUGUUCCUUAAGGGCCACGAGACCUACUCCUACUACGGGCCCCUCAACUGGAUCACCUUCAACGUGGGCUACCACGUGGAGCACCAUGACUUUCCCAGCAUCCCCGGCUGCAACCUGCCCCUGGUACGGAAGAUUGCCCCGGAGUAUUACGACCACCUGCCACAGCACCACUCGUGGGUCAAAGUGCUCUGGGACUUCGUGUUCGAAGACUCGCUGGGACCCUACACCAGGGUGAAGCGGGUGUACAAGUUGGCAGAUGACAGUCUGUGA